AGACAAGAGUCGGGGCUGCUGCGCCGUGUGCUUUCCAGUCAAAGCGAGGAGGAUCGCUGUGUCUUUAAAUACCCUUUUUACAGCUCAUUUAAUAUCGCUUAUCCACAAAAUGGUCAUUAAAGUCUUCCUGGCAUCCUCCUCGGGAUCGACGGCGAUCAAAAAGAAGCAGCAAGAUGUUGUCGGCUUUCUUGAGGCUCUUAAAAUCGAUUACGCACAGCUUGACAUUGCUUCAAAUGAGGAUAACCGAGCGUGGAUGAGGGAAAAUGUUCCCGGAGAAAAGAAGCCCACCAAUGGAAUUCCUCUUCCUCCACAGAUUUUCAACGAGGAGAUGUAUUGUGGGGACUACGACACAUUCUUUGAUGCUAAAGAGGACAACACAGUCUAUGAAUUUUUGGGUCUGACUCCUCCACCUGGAUCUAAGGAGGCACAACAAGCUGAAAAUUCACAAAAGCUUCAGAACGGAUCUGUCACAGAAGAGCAUCCUGAUGAUGACACAACAAGAAAGCCAGCUGAGGAGGAAGAGCAGGAAGAAGCAGAAGGAGAUAAGGU